AUGAUUUACUUAUUUAUUUUUUGGCUGCACCGGAUCUUCGUAGCUGGGCGUGGCCCUUCUCUAGCUGCGGUGAGCAGGGGCUCCUCUCUAGCUGGGAUGCUCGGCGUCUCACCGCGGCGGCUUCCCUUGUUGCCCGAGCACAGGCUCUUGGCUGCCUGGCUUCAGUGGAUGCGGCUCCUGGGCUCUAGAAGGCGGGCUUUAUUUGUGGCACGCGGGCUUUAUUUUUGGCACACGGGCUUAGGUGCUCCUUGGCAAGUGGCAUCUUUCCGGACCAGGGAUGGAACCGACGACGUCUACUGA